AUGUCAAAUAUAUUUAAGGAAAAGAAGCAAAAAUUAAAUUUGCAAAAGGAUUUAGAGGUACUUGAUAAAUCGGAAUUGAUAGAGAAAAUAGUGAUGCUGGAAGAAAGUAACAAACAAUUAAAAGCGAUAAUUAAUAGGCUGAAUGGAAAAUCGAAAGACGGAAAUACUGUUCGAAAAUCAAAAAAGCCAUUUAAUUUCGAAAAAUGUACUAAGCGACAUAUUCUUUUAAAAUUUUAUUACCUGGGAUGGGAUUAUAAUGGAUUUGUUGUACAAGAAAGUAUUAACGAUACAAUAGAACAGCAUUUAUUCGCAGCAUUGAUAAAAAGCUGUUGUAUAGAAUCACGAGAAAUUUCAAAUUACCAUAGAUGCGGCAGAACAGACAAAGGUGUUAGUUCCUUUUCACAAGUUAUCUCAUUGGAUGUAAGAAGUAAAUUGAGUCUUUCAGAUCAACAUAAGUUGAAGGAUGAACUUCCAUAUUGUAAGAUGUUGAAUAGAUUACUACCUUCUAACAUAAGAUGCAUUGAAUGGUGUCCAGUACCAAGCACUUUCUCAGCAAGAUUUGAUUGCAAGUUUCGAAUGUACAAGUAUUUCUUUCCAAAGGGAAAGUUGAAUAUAGAUGUGAUGGAUAAAGCAAUUAAAUAUACUAUAGGAGAACAUGAUUUUCGAAAUAUUUGUAAAAUGGAUGUAGCAAAUGGAGUCACAAACUACAAACGAACAGUUAUUGAUGCCAAUGUUUCUUUACAUAAACCAAAUUUUAAAGGCAUUCCGGCAUAUGACAUAUGUGAAAUGAAUAUAACAAGUCAUGCAUUUUUAUGGCAUCAAAUUCGUUGCUUAAUGGGUAUUCUAUUGCUUGUUGGUCAAGGAAAGGAAGACCCUGAAAUUAUUUUAGAACUUUUAGAUAUUGUGAAGUAUCCUCAGAAGCCACAAUAUAAUUUGGCGCAUGAAUUACCAUUAAACCUUUGGUAUUGUAAAUAUGAACCUGAUGAGUGGUACACUGAUAAAGAAGAAAUAAUAAACACAAUAAGGACUCUACAAAAAGACUGGACUGUUAAUACAAUAAAAUCUGUUAUGAUCGAGAAUAUGUUGUCUGAUUUGGAAAGUUCAAUAAAUUGUAAAGAUUUGUCAUUCCAAAGUGAUAGUUUACUUUUGGGUGUACAAUCUAAAGUAUAUUAA